CAAUACAAAAACAGUGUGUUGCAAAAUGAUUCCUGUACGGUCGUUCGUCCGUUGGUUUCGGGUCGCUUCGACGUCGUGAUAAUCGCAUGGACCCUCGGGGUGUUGUCGUAUAGGUACAACAAAAAAAGACUAGAAAAUGUUUUGCCCGUUCAGCUCAGGAGCUCCACCUAGAGCAAGCACAACGCUGACAGAACAACAGCCUUUGAAUUUGAAGCAUCUCAGUGAAGCUGUCAGAACUCUAACAUCACCACCAAACGAGACUAUUUACAACGCCUUUAGUUCAAUAACGGCGGAUUUUCCAGAGUAUGCUGAAAUAUUGAAAGAGCUCCCAAAUAACUUCACUAGUUCUGAUGUCAGGUUAUUGGAGAUAAUACACCUUAAAGCAGAAAAUCUAACAGGAGAUGGAACAAAAGUAAUUGAAGCAAUAGGUACGAAAGUUAUUCAAGAUUGUAGUGACGAUCGUUUGAUCCGAGCUCUAAAGAGCUUGGGAGGAAAUCUUUACCAUUUUCUCACCACAUUAGACGGUGUUCAAGAUGUCUUACAGCUAGAUGAUGGAAAAAAGGCCAGUUCAGAUUUUACAUGCCGACCCAGUGAUGAGCCAGGUGUAUUAGAUCUAAAUCUGCGAACUAGUAGGUCCGAUGGGAAAUGUGUUGCGCACUUAUUGGCUGGGACAUUGUCUGGUGUAGCAACUAGAUUCUAUGGUUCGCGGCCAGACGUUGAACUUGGUACACAUCCAAGUGACCCUUCUCUCUACAGGUACACCAUACGUACUACAAAUGUGACAACAGAUACUGAUGUGAUAAAUAAAUCAAUUCAAUCCCUUUCUCAACAAGCCAGUGAUCUUAAAAUAGGCGUAACAAGUUUUUGUAAGGCAUUUCCGUGGCAUUUAGUUCUGGAUAUUCGAUUGGAAUUUGUUCAAUUGGGAACAGGCUUUAUGAAACUAUUCGGCAAAUGUCUGCAACAAUUCGGCCGCUCAGUUCACACAUACUUCAAAAUUAAAAGACCAAGGAACGUUCGGCUGUCUUUUAAAGGAAUUGUGAAUAGAGCCAAUUCCCCGUUCGUCUUAACCUUAUGUCUACCAGAGCCGCUGAAUCAUCAUACGGUAGAGGGCUUAGAGUUCAAAGGUCAAAUGGUAUUGUGCAACGAGUCAGGGUCUCUACUAUUUGUUGGUUCACCAUUAUUAGACGGUCUAGACAGUUUGACCAGUCGCAGUCUUUUCAUAUCUGAUAUACCUUUACACGAUGCCACAAGAGAUGUCAUUUUAAUAGGAGAACAAGCAAGAGCUCAAGAUGGACUUCGUAGAAGAAUGGACAAGUUAAAAAGUUCAAUAGAGGAAGCUAACUUGGCCGUAGGGAAGGAGAGGGAAAAAAACGUCAGUCUCCUACACAUGAUCUUUCCUCCUAACAUUGCUAAACGGCUUUGGCUGGGAGAGACAAUAGAAGCCAAAACACAUGACGAAGUAACAAUGUUAUUCAGUGACAUUGUUGGUUUCACAUCUAUCUGUAGUACAGCUACUCCUUUUAUGGUAGUCAACAUGCUAGAGUGCCUCUACAAUAAAUUUGAUGCUUACUGUGGUCAUUUGGAUAUAUACAAGGUAGAGACUAUUGGCGAUGCUUACUGUGUGGCAUCAGGUCUACAUAAAUACAGUUCAAUACAUGCACAACAGAUAGCCUGGAUGGCUUUGAAGAUGAUAGAAACAUGCAAAACUCACCACACUCACGAUGGGAAACCGAUUAAAAUGAGAAUCGGUCUGCACACCGGAUCCAUACUGGCUGGAGUAGUAGGCGUGAAAAUGCCCAGGUACUGUUUGUUCGGUCAUAAUGUCACUAUUGCCAACAAAUUUGAAUCAGGCAGUGAACCCCUACGGAUAAAUGUCAGCCCAACAACUCACCAGCUGUUAAUGAAAACCCCAGGUUUCUCAUUUGAAGAAAGGAGUCGAUCAUGCCUACCGGCAGGUUUUCCAGAACACAUUCCCGGAACGUGUCAUUUUCUUUUAUCCUUUGUUCAUCCCGAAAUGACAAAUGAAGAUGGCGAUUUGGAUGCUCACAUCUCAACAGCCUUAAAACAGCUCACACUGAAUAGCUGAACUUAAGCAACAUAAUACUCAUGUCACAUAUCUCUGUGAAAGUAGAAAAUAAAGUAAUAAUAAGUCUUACCUUCAGCUUUUAUAGUGCAAUCAUACGGUCUAUCAGUACAAUUAUUACACAACUCGAAGACAGUUUCAAUGUUGUAAACUAGAUUUAAAUCUAAUUAAUAUCGAUGUAAAAUUGUAUUAUUGAGAUACCUAAUAAUAACUCGAAACUCGUUUAAGGCAAAAUGUAAAGAAUUUCAAUAUACGCAAACAAAUGCGUUUUAGUGUAAAGUGGAUUUUUCUCCAUGCAUAAGUGGAAAACCCAACAAUGUAGACUAAAUGUAAAAUGUAUGUUAAUGUAAAACGUAUGAGAUGUGUUUGAAACCUGUGUUGAAAAAAAUACUAGUUUUUAAGAAAUACAAUUUAUAAAAAAAAACUUUUUUCCUUUGUGAAGAGCUUUAGAAUAUUUCUUUAGAUCUGAAGUAUUGUUUCCGGAAAUAUUUUAACCGAUCCGACGAUAUGGAAUUGAUACAUUUUCUCAUCAUUCGGACUCUCGGUCGAAUGAGUAAAACCGUAAGACAAUUAUUUUCUUUAUUCGCGAGAAAACCAAUUCGAAAAUAAAUUAUAAGUCCUGUUUACGUUUGUUUAGGAAAGUAGCGUAGGUAUCUCUUUAAUGUACUAUCCAACUAAAUCAAUACUAGAAUCUUUUGUAAAAUAAAUAUCUUCCUUAGUAAAAUAAUAAUAUAACUGUGACCUCCCCUCUCGGGCCUAUGGCUUAUGUUAUUUUUAGAAUCUCACAAGCUAUUAUUAACACAUAAAAAAACAAAUCAAUUUUGAAAAAAAACAACUAUUGUGAUGUACGUUAUUUCAUAACGAUUUUUGUGUUCCUAGUCUAUAAUGAUUCUAUCGUUGUAAUACAUUUUAAUUAUUGUACGUACUAAUCGUAAUUAAUAAUACAUGUAGUAUUUCUACUAUUUCGUUAAGAUUGUAUAAUGUAUAUUGAUCCAAUCAAAAUCACUAUUGUUUUUGCACUUAUAAAACGAAACUUGCAAAAAUAUUAUAAUAUAUGUGUAAUAUACAUAUAAAUAACAGUUUUAAUGAUUUUGAUAUUUAUUUUAAUCUGUUGCUUCAUAUUUUAUUCCGAAAAUGUUUAUUAAAUGAAUAUUAAUUUUAUUCUUUAUUGUUACAAAUUUAUUUUACUCGACAAAUUUUGUUUUAAUCUCAACUAUAAUCUAUACAAAUAGAGUUGUUAAUUCUUUUUUAUUCCUCAUAAGUCAUAU